AUGAAACCCAGUAAGUUCUGUGAUGAGAUUGCUCGCGCCUUGCGUGAUUUAUCGAGCAACCGAGAAAUCUUGUACAUGGGCUGCUUAAUGCAAUGGCAGAACAAGGCAUUUACCAUCCUCUAUGAACAGCAUUUCUCUGAUGUCAUAGAAGUAGUCCACAAGUUGACCAUGAAGAUUCUGAAUAUGUCUGUUUCAAUGAAAGAGCAGUUUCGGUCUUUCUUGGCCCAGUAUGAACUUAGUGUUAAGGGCCCUUCUGUUACUGAUGAAUCUAUCGGGUCUGAUGCUUCAGGCGCUGAACCGGCUUCCAGGAAGACUUUAUCAAAAGUGGAUACUGAAGCAGGGCUUCGCCCCGCGUUGCGAGUGUAUAGUACUGUACGUUGGACGUACUUAUACAUAUGUAUUCUCAACUUUUAUGAAAAUCUAGAGCGGCUCAUAGCGUUCAUAAGUCGGUGCCCGAAUACAACCUCUGUUCUUUCAAAGCAUCUUGCUACACAGCUUAUUAACCUUACCUGGAUUCGGCGAUUGGCGUUCCUUGCAGAUAUCUUCCAGCUCUGUAGGGGCCUCCGACUCCUAAUGGAAGGGCCACGUAUUGUACCGGGGCACGCGCUGCUGGAGAUGGGCGGGCUCCGGGACGCGCUGCAGACGGUGCUCGCCGAGCUCCGGGCCGGGGUCUGGACCCGCCUCCCCCGGCUGGGUGCGCGCCUUCGGGAUGGGGCCGCACUCCCUGACGAGGAGAGGAGGUCCCUUGCGGGCGCCCUGGAGGCCUUUGUCGCCGAGCUCGAUGCGUGCUUGUCGGCGUACCGGCAGUGCCUUCCGCUUCUCCGGCUGACGGUGUCCCCCGUGUGUGCCCCGGCAGCGGGAGGAGCGGCGCCUCCGGAGCCAUUCCCGGUUCCAGGGGUGGACCGGGACGGGUUUACCGCGGAGUAUCGGGGCUUCAGCGGCGGAGAACGCGGAGACGCGCACCGGCGUUGCCUGGAAAGAAUUCGCGGCAUGACGUGCAACGCGGCCCGCUGGAACGCACUAGUGACCUUCUGGGCGGACCAGAGGGCAGCGUAUCCGCAGACCAGCCGGGCCGCGCUCGGGCUCCUGACGGUACUCGCGACCGUCUGUGCCUCCGAAGUAUCCUCCUCCGCGCUCAAGCGGGCCCUGAGCCGGGGAGCAGGCGCCGUGCUCCUUGCGCGCCUCGACGCGCGCGUGGGCGAGUAA